AUUCAUAAGAGGAUUCCACCCCAUUCGCGCGACACGACCACGUCUUCUCUUCUCACGCGACGUCAAGGCCCCCACCCCCACCGCCUGCGAUCUCCGCCUCCUCCACAGCUGCCGGCUCUCCCCCGCCGCCGUCGCGCCGCGGAGCACCGGACCCGCCUCCACCCCACCUAGAUCGGGCGCCUCCUCCGCCACCCGUUGGUCACUCACUCCGCCUCUCCCCGCUGGGGCCGGGCGAGCUCGCCGUGGGGCGGAGAGGUUGUCGCCAGCGACAGGACCCGCGUUGGGUGCGCGCAACGGCAGGGGAGUCCUGCUCUUCCUCCUCGCCGAGCCCCCUUGGGAUCCAUCCGUGCUAAUUUGUACUGUUGCCACUUGGAUCGAUCAUGUGCUAAAUUGAUCAUGGAAAAACACCAUCAAGUCUGCUGAUAUCAGUUCAGCACGGGCGUUGGUAGUGACAUAAUAGGACUCGUUGUGAUGACAAGGAUUUGAACAAGCGUUCCAAUGAACAUCCUACUUGAGCUGAAGCAUCUCAAGCUCUUAAGCUUGCCUGCAAGGCCUGUCAUCUGCAAAGGCCUUCUGAUAGUGAUUGCUCUUAUUAUAUUGAGAGCAAUUUUAUCUCCAUUUUUUGCCAUAAACUCAUCUGAGAAGGAAGAAUUUUAUGAGUCAACAUCCCCUGACUUGCUUCCUGGAAUUAGACGAGACAAGUUUGUUGAGGUCCCACAGAUUAUAUGGGGAUUGAACAAUCAGAAGAUAGCAUUCGCCAGAGCGUGCUUGACUGCAAGAUUCCUGAACAGAUCUCUUCUCAUGCCAAGCCUGAGUGCUUCACUCUUCUACAAAGAGGUUGACUUGCUGCAGCCUAUCAAUUUUGACAAGGUGUUUGACUUUAAUAAGUUCAAUGCGCGUUGUCAUGGUUUUGUAAAGUUAGCUCGGUAUUCAGAAGUUUCUAAUCGAACUGAACCUUUCAAACUCCAAAAGGGGAGUGGUAGAAAGUGGACAGUGGAGAGAGACUUGGAUCAACUGCAGCAAUUCAUAGGGGGCAGGGCAGACGACUUUGAAGUCAUUGAAAUCGUUGGGAAACAUCCGUUUCUGUGGCCUGACCAUUGGCCAGUCAAAGACUAUGCCAAAAUCUUUGAUUGUCUUGUCUUAGUUCCUGAGAUAGAAACUGAAGUGGUUAAGGUCAUAUCCAAGAUUAGAGAGGCUGGCCAAAGAGCAAGACAUGAAGCUGGUUUUUCUCAUAGUAAGCAGAGGAGAGAUGGCUCAACGAAUCUGCCUGUACCAUAUGUUGCUGUUCACAUGAGGAUAGAAAAAGAUUGGAUGAUACAUUGCAAGAAGUGGGAGCAGCGGUCCCAUUUACAUGAAAUCUGCAGCAGUAAAGAAGAGAUCAUUCAUAAGGUCUCACAGAUCACUGAUCUACGUCGGCCCGUCGUUGUUUAUCUUGCAGUAGCUGACAGCCUUCUUGAAGAUGAUUCAAUAACCAGUGGGUGGAGAGUGGGUAUGGUUGCUUAUGAGAAGAAGAAACUUGGAGUUACCGACAUCUAUGAUAGGCAACCAUAUCUUAUAAAGUCUGCCAUCGACUUUGAGGUGUGCUCGAGAGCAGAUGUGUUUGUUGGCAAUAGCUUCUCGACAUUCUCCAACCUUGUAGUGCUUUCCAGAACAGAAAAGUUAUAUAACCUGGGAAAGGUGAGCUCAUGUGGUGAGAACAUCGGGCUUUCAUCAUAUGCAUACAAUGUCAUGGGCGAUGAUGGUGGGCCGCAGAGAUGGAUGACAGAUAUGUCCGAUACAAACCUUCAGAGGCUAAGUUACGGAACAAAUAACGUCUCGUGCCACUGACUUUUGACGCAUAACACUUGACUCAACAUGAUUGUACACGGGAGGAUGAUCCUUGUUUGAAUUUCAUUUUAUCUUCGAACAGGAGAAAUAUGUCAGCUAGUCUGUGGUGCUUCUAUGUUUGAAGCUGGAAUCGUCAUGUCACACUUGUGGAAGACUACGGCAGAGUUGUCUAUAUACUUUGUGAGUGUCUAUAGAUGUGCUGAAAAGCAUUGACGUGUUGGGCAGUCUUUAGUUUGUAAAGCUGAAUGUUGUGUCAUAGUUCAUUUAUCUGUGACCUGUUCAAUUUUUUUAUGAUUUCAGAAGCAGAUCUACACAUUUGUUUUGUCUGCAGUCAGUGUUUGUUUGUAAGAUGGUUUGCUGUGUUUUGA